AUGAUGGAUGGGAAUAAUGGCCACGGCUAUAUCCAGGAGGAUAAUAGCUACGAUGAGUUGAUGAAUGGCACGGGGUGGUCAGGUCCCGAUGACCACUUCCUUUACACACAGCAACCACAGGAUGACCUUUAUUCACGCUUCGGAGCCACUCAACCAGCCUUCGAUCAGUACAAUGUUCCACCUCAGCAACAGCAACAGCCUACAUAUCCUUCGAUACCCUAUUCCAACUCUCCGUAUGCCGCGCAAUAUCAACAUGCCAGGCCAUCCGAUGUCUUUGGACAAACUGGCAAUACCCACGUCGACCCUUCUCUUCAAGGUUCUGGCCAGUUCCAGCCUCUCGAUCGCUCCUUCUCGGCUGCACCCAACACAACGAUAUCGCCCCAGUAUCUUCAGUACGGCAUACCCACCAACCAACCCACUAAUCGUGCUGCCUCGGCUGACUUCAACCGCUCGGCGAAUACAAUGAGUCCCAAUAACUUCAACCAUCAGCAGCAAGCCCCCCCGGGGCUUUACUUCAAUAAUGCCUCCCAGAAUAUCAAUGUGCAACGCCCUCUGAGUAAUCUCAUCCCCUAUCCAGCACUUCCUGUCGAUCAGCAGAAUGAUUCCAGACCGGGGAUCAAGAGAAACAUGGAUGGAGAACCCCCAUUGAAGGCCGCUCGCGUCCAACAGCAGAGAGAAAUCAUCCCUCCCAACCCAUUGAGAAUUACCCAUCCAGAGUUGUUAGCCAAGAGGAGUAGUUCAUCCAGACCGCAGAUGCCGUAUGCCCCAUUUGUGUACUUUGAGAACGAAUCGGUUCAGGUCCCAUUGGGUCUAAAAAAUACUCUUCCUAAAUUCCAUCCUCGAAAACCAAGAAGUGGACGAGAACUUGUCCCAGGGUUUGAUAUAUCCCGUUCAUCCGCACCAGCACGAACCAUCAAGAAAGAUCGCGCCUCCCAAGAAAAGCAUGCAAGCAAAUGGAAAGGCACGAGUCAAGGACCCAAAUCAGCAAACAAAUUAAGUAGUCUACGGGAGGAGAGAGGUGUAAGAUCGACCAGCAAUACCCCUACCACAACAGAAACAAGUUCUUCCGAAGGCGAAUCCAGCUCUGACGAAGAAUCUGAAUAUGAGGAGGACAGCAUGCCUUUGAAGGAUGUGAGCGAGAUCCGUGGAGCCCAGCGGCCAACUAAUGUGGUUGAGGCUACAUUUUACGAUGCUACUGGCAUCGUUUGGAGAGAUCCUCGCUAUAGCCCCUAUCCAGCUGAAGUCAAGACAGCUAUUGAAAAAUAUGGAAAUUUUGUUAUUGCUCUUCGAACGCAACUGAAAGACAACGCGUCUGAUAUCACUGCUCAACCAGCCAACGCCAACAAUCUUACACAAGCUCGCGCGGUCCUACUUGAGCAACUAUACCAAGCUAUCGAUGCUGCUAACAAGAAUGGUUUCAAGCCAGUUGUAGAGAACUUAGGAGGACAUCAGAGGCUGGUGAAUGGGCUGACAACUACCUUGAUUGAGUGCAUUAAGAGCGACGAUUACCUAGGGAAGCUUCCAAGAGCAGUUUUUGCGUUACUUGCCAAAUUUGAAACCAUGUCUGAUGAUCUGCUGAAGAGGCUCAAAUUUGAUAGCAUUCAGAAACGUUGGAGCAAGAAGAAUGAUAAAACCAUCAAUGAGAACAUUGCCUCCAUCCUCAAGAAUACAACAGACGCCAAGAAGAGAGCCGAGAAGGAGAAAGUCAAGGCUGAAGAGUCGAAGAAAAUCUUAGAAAAGAUUGAGCUUGCCAAACAACGUACUGUAGACGCCAAUAAAGGCGCGUCUGCCAACCCCGGGAAGAGACCACAUGAUGGCGAUGGGACAAAUGGGAAGCCAACUAAGAAAUUUGCCUCUGAUGCUUCUGGUACUCCGUCCUCGAAACCAAUUUCCAAGCGAAACAAUCUGCUUGGCAUAUCCUCCAAACCUGCACCAAAGCCUGUUGCCAGAAAGCGAGACGUCUCUCCUCCUCAAGAGUCAAAACUAGGUGCGCUUCUAGCAAGCAUUGCCAAGCCCCCCGAACCACCCAGGGCCCCCGAGGCACCGCCUCGAGCACCUGAGACGCCUGAAGAGAAAGCCCGACGUGAGAGAAAGGAGAGCAGACGUCACUUGAGGGUGAAGUUCAAGGAAGGAGCGGAGUUGGCGCUUAUCAAAAUCUUCAAGCAUGAGCAAGCAGAAGAUGAAGGGCGACAAGACGAUAUGCUUGUUCGCGACGCUCACGACGAUCGUAGCGAGGGUAUGAUGCACAAGAGGCGCGUUUCGGAGACACUGGACGAGGAUGAUGAUAAUCAGGGCGAGUGGGAGGAUAAACCAUAUCCAGAACUGAUCCCAAUUGACUUUAGUGGUGUGGAAAAGAACACUACUUUUGGGCCAAAAUAUGUUACCCGCGGUGGAGACCUUACCUUUACAACACCAGAACAACAGCUACAGGAACGACGGGAAGCUUUGGAGCUUAUGGCUAUAUAUACUGAUCCUGACGAUAUUCCGACCUCUCCAAAGGAGCCUCCUCCUGCGCCUUCACAGACUGACGGUGCUGAAGAUAUCCCAAAGGAACGCCAACUUCAACCACCGACUACUCCUUGGUUAGCUCAACGGCUACAAGAGAUCGAACAUCACGGUCCAUACCAAGCACAUCAAAUUUCCAUGAGACGUUUGGAAGCUGAGAAUAGGGCUCGCGGUGUUGGACACGCAUUUUCAAAUUCACCUUCGCCAAACAUCAAUUCAAUCCUUCAACAACUUGGAGGGCCUAAUCAGUCACUGCAGCAGCAAGCCGAAUCUCACAAUCAAAAUACCAGACAAGCCAUGGAUUCUCAAGCUCUAGAAAACCUCGAGAGCAUCGUCAACUCUUUGAAGGGCAAGCCUUAUCCUGCCAACGAACCACCGGAUUGGAUGACGAAUGAAGGCCAGAGAGCUGCUUGGUGGAAUGGUUACAAGAGAGACAAUGCAGGCAAGGAGAUAAGGCAGCCUGAUCAAGUGGACAAUGAUCGAUUCCAACCACCACCAGUGCUGCCAGCUCAACCUCUACAACAGAUGCCGACUCAGCCUUAUCAACCACCCCCUCCGAACAUGUCCGCCGCAGCGCCUAUGUUCGAUAUGAAUCAAAUGCAAGCAGCUUACGCCAGCUAUGCCAGCGGCGGUAACGGCUUGGUUCAACAACAAUACGAUUAUCAACAAUGGGUCGACGCAGCAGCUGCUGCUCAGGCUCAGGCUCAGGCAUAUACCCCGCAGCCGGAACCACCGAGACGAUAUGAUGAUUGGAAUGAAAGCCAACCGCCAAAGUCGAAUAAGGGUUUCAAAGCAAAGCAGCGUGGUUACGACAUGAAGGAAUUCAACGCCGAUCCUCCACGAAAUACUGCCAUCUUUGACGAAAAUGGAGAAUACAAGGGCAAGAAGAAGCCUUGUCGUUUCUUCCAAGAAGGAAAAUGUGCCAAGGGUGCCAAAUGCACCUACCUCCACGACUAA